AUGGCUCGAUCAUCUGGUGAUGGUGCACCGGCAGCUUCACCAGCAGAUGUCUAUUCGUCUUUCAAAUCCAAACCACCUACAGAUGGACAACUAUCCACGGAUAGUCCGCCCGGAUCAAAUUACGCUCAUCCAUCUGGAGAUCCCGUGUUCUACGCGUCCGAUUCUGACGUAGAUAUUCCUCCUCAUCCUCUCAUUCAAUCCCCGCGACCAUCGUUUGCAUCCCCAGAACAGGUACGUAUCUCGGCUAGCCGCAUCCUUUCUAAAGCUCUGGAACUUUUGGGUUCCCAGCCACCGGGUUCACAGUCCACCCAUUUGCACGGGGCAUCAUCCUUGGUCACAUCCCCGGAGAUACGUCGAGCCGGCCCAUGGACUUGUCUUGAUCGAGCCGGGUCAUUUGAUUCCCGUCUUCAGGGUUCUCGAGGUUCCACGCACAGCCUGGACAGUGAUGGUUUCGAAUAUGACGAACUUUAUACUUCCAAUCCGCGUUUGUUUGAUUGUUCUUCUUUCAAUGUUCUUGAUCCUGAAGAAGAGGAACGACUGCAACAGGAAGAGGAAGCCCAGCUAAUGCAUUUACUCAGCACACUGACCUCACUGCUUGACAAAGUGGACAGUGUAAGUACUGGGAGUCCGGAAACGUCAUCAUUGUCACCAAACAAUUGGAUCAAGGAGGGUAAACGUGAGUCGAAAUCGAGCGCACAAAAACCUGCGACCGUCCCAUUCACUGACCUGUUCCAAUCCGCUUCGGAUAUUACCGAAGAUCUGCAAAGUUUAGAAGAGGUUCUAGACAAACUGCGUUACAAAUUGCAGGCGAAUCAAAUCGAAUUGGAACAGGUUGAGGAUAAACUAGACUACGCUUGGCAUUUACAUGAUAAUCUAGACGGACCACUGUCGGACUCGUUCUCCAGUGAGCACGAAUCGCUGGCCAGUCUGGAAUCUAGAUCGGGUCCUCUCGACCCGAUCACAAUCAAUCCGUCUAUCACAUUACCGUCUCCGUUGGUCUCGGAAGUGACUAGUGAGGUACGGAUUCCUGACUCUACUCCCAUGACUCAUCUUCUCGGGCCCUCGAACCAACCCACGGCUGACUCAUUGCUCACUUCAUUCACGUCAUCCUACACAAACACAUCUGCCGAACCAGAUCCAUUAUUGCGUUCCGUGACUGACUCCGCAUGUGGACCGUCUAUUUCGUCCAUGAUGGUCAAUUCCGUCUCGGAUUCGAACUGUCUCCAAUGCGGUUCAACUCAGCCGGAUUGGUCUCAGGAUUGCGCCACUCUGGAUAGACCUCGACCCAGAACACGUUCUCACUCGAAACGGUUCCAUGCCCCACGAAGACGUUAUACAUUUCAUGCUAGUCGGUCGUAUGGUGCAGUGGACAACGAUUCUACAUCAGAUCAUGAAGAACACGCAGAUCCUGACGGGUUCCUACACCCUGGUGAGUUUUUCGAAAGGGGAUGA